AUGAUUAUUAAUAAGUUCCCUGGAGAUGAACAUAUUUUGUUAUCUUUUGAUGAGGUUGGGCGUGAUACUCAUAAUCUAUAUCAACAGGAAUACUUACACACAAUUGCUCCUAGUACUUUACCACCACAUAUUUUAAAGAUAAAAAUAGGGGCUCCUCUGAUGUUAUUGCGAAACAUAGACCCUAAAUUUGGGUUGUGUAAUGGGACAAGAUUGUUAUGUCGUGGUUUUUUUAUGAAUUUGUGUGAUGUUGAAAUACUUACAGGCCACAACGUUGGAAAAAGAGCUUUCUUGCCAAGAAUUAAGCUCAAAACCACUAAUGGUGCGGGACUUUCUUUUGUGCUUAUUAGAAAACAGUUUCCUGUCAAACUAAGUUUUACAAUCACUAUAAAUAAAUCACAAGGACAAACAAUUCCAAAUGUCGGAAUUUAUCUUCCACGAUAUGUUUUCAGUCACGGACAAUUGUAUGUUGUUUUAUCAAGAGGUGUUCCGCGGGUUGCAACAAGAGUGCUAAUUAAAGACGGAAAAUUGGCGUUGAAAAUAGAGAUAUUUAUGAUUUCGGUUCCAUGGUUGACAUUCCUAUUAAGCAACAAUGUCACUUAA